UUCAAUGACAUACGUAUUGAUGAAAAGACAGCUGCUGAAGAAAGCUUUCCUGGCACUGAGAAAUAAGAGCGGACAAACUGAAGCACAAAAAAUGAAAACAUCCGCUAUCUUAACGGCGGUUAUGCUACUUACUUGCAUUCGGUUAUCUAUGCAAAGUUCAAAUGACAAGAGAAGGCGAGGCAGUCCUUGGCGUCGCUGUCACAUGAUCUGUAAAAACAUGUAUUUUGACUGCCUUACAGACAGCGCUAAGGAGACAAUGAGGAACAAUCAGUUAAAAACAGAUAUGUUUAGAAAUAUGCUGACCUGCAAAAUGAAGAAGAAAUCGUGUAGGAAGAUGUGCAAAGUGUUUUUAAGAGUUGAAGUAAAAUGACAUUGAAUAGGAAUUAAAAAGGAUGAUGAUACACACGUUGUAGUCACAAAACGAAUGUGACAACAGCGGGGAAUAUAUUAAAAAGAUGAAUCACGAACAUGACUAAGUUGCACAAAAACAAAAGUUCUUGCUUAAACAAAUCUAGUCGCUGUUGACCUUUGCACCUAGAUUCAAAUUAGGUCAUGCUUGCUUCACUAAAAAGUAGUAAGAAAGUGUUGAUAUAUACACUUUUUAAGAAAGUAUUGUUUUGUAAUGUUAAAAGAAACUGAGUGGCUGGAAUUUCUUUCCGGCGUUUCUAUUUAGUUUCUACAUGUAAACAUUUCUUGACUAUUGAGCGAUCAAUGUAAAUACACAGUUAAACUUGAUGGACAAAAUGAUUGUUUGUGUGAACAUAAAAUAAACUUCAAUUCUUUCCUUACAAACUAAUUCAAAAGUUGGAAACUUCUUCGGAGACGCCUUUGUUAUGGUAAUGACAUCAGCGCCAUUAUUGACACAAAAUACCUUUUUUAAAUUUUAUACAUUCUGAAAUGACAAAACAAAAUAAAAGAUGGCUGAAAAGCAGCAAAACAUUGGGAACAAUGUAAAAUUUAGUAAGACGUUGUAAAAGGAGCAUUGCUUAACUAUGGGAUAUUUAUUCCGCGAUCUAAAAAAGUUGCAAUGAGAAAAAAAAGGUUGGCAGGAAAUUAUUUUUACUUCUCUGUAUCCUAAUCUAUAUUAUAAUACCCCUAUGCGUCUUUCACGCAAUAUAGUAGUACAAUUAACGACACGCAUGCAAUGUGGUAUAAAAAAGAUGGGCGGACACGUAGUUUUUUUCACAGGCCACAGACUAGUCUUCUGAAUUUCAGCAACAAAACUAAGGUGAAAGUCACCACCGAAACAUUUGGUUAAUCCGCCAGAAUCGAAAAUGUUUUUGGUUUCUUCCUUUAAACUCCAUUGGAGAUACACAUUGUUACUGAUAAGAAUGGAAUUAUGGGACCUUUUCUUGAAUUUUACACCAAUAAAAGACCUUCAAGUACCAUAAUAGCAUCCUGGAAUUAAUGCAGUAUAAGAUUCCAAAGAAUGGCACAACAUAAAUUUGCUAAAAACAAUGUCGAAAAAUAUCCGUCCAUAAAAUAUUUAUUGAUAAAUUUUUAGUAGGUUCAGUACGUCCUUUCUUUAGAGCUUUAUAGACAAAUAGCGAUUUAAAUUUAUAUGCAUAAAUAAGUAACACUAUUUAUCAAAACAUGGGUCAAGUGCUUUUUUCACUAUCUUUAUUUUGCCAGUCACGUGGAAAAAUUUAACAUAAAAUGUCAAGGAAAACACAUGACAUGGCAAGAGAGUGAUGGUUAUUUGGAGGGAUAAAGAAACUUUGAUAUUUUUUGUCAGCAGUAUCCUAUGCAAAUAAGAUACUGUAAGACGAAUUUCAUUUGCCUACUUUUCUAUUUUUAUAAAUGACAUUACUACUUGAACCAUUCAGAAAUGCCAAUGAGAUGUGACAAAUAAAAAUAAAAGACGGAAGUACACAGUUACUGGAAAAGCAAGACAACAAUGAUAUGACAAAGUUAACGGAAAUAAUGAAUUUAUGUGACUGGAAAGUAAAUGUAACAUUUUCAAUUCCCGUAAAACAGCUUGUGGUUGUGAUAAGUACACUUGUGUAUAAAAUGACGGAAAGGGCACUAAUUAGCUAAAACUAUAGGUUAUAGUUCAUUAAGGUUUUAUAUAACCUUGAUACAUUUAUAUUGUUA